AGUAGUAUCAGUGUGCCCGCUUGUAAUAGUCUGUCUCUAUGCGUGGCAUCUCUAUGCGAAGCAUGUGAUGAAUCCAUGAUCUCAUGUCGCUCGUCGGCCACGUUCUCCGCACCACCUGCAUAGCACCUAAUUCGCAGCCUGGUGGUACGCAUCCCAUCACUUGUUCAAUUCUGUGAUAGCAGCAUUGAGCUUGCAAUGCGGUGAAGAGAACAAUACGGUAGUAGUUGGGAAGGAAGGACGAGACGAGAUCAGUAUGUGAAGAGAUGGAUGGUGCGGCGAAUGGCAGGAUCUAACUUCCCGGAACGUGGUUUUGGUGCAACGCGAGAGCGCAAAUAGUUUGUGGAUUUUGGCGGAUCUUUCCGGUGGAGCGUGGAGUGUGGAGGCGUAGAUUUAGGGGAUGGAGAGCAUCACGAGCUACUUCACGGGGAAAGCUAAGGAGCCGGAGGGAAAGAUAGAGUUUUGGAACAACCCAGAACGGUCUGGCUGGCUCAUGAAACAGGGGGAGUUCAUAAAAACAUGGCGCAGGAGAUGGUUUGUCUUGAAACAAGGACGCAUCUUCUGGUUCAAAGAGCAACAGCUUACUCCUCAUUCAAAAUCAAGAGGAGUCAUUCUGGUGGGAAGCUGUUUGACGGUGAAGGGUGCUGAGGAUGUGCUAAAUAAACAGUUUGCAUUUGAGCUUUCCACUAAUAGGGAUACAAUGUAUUUUAUUGCGGACACAGACAAGGAAAAAGAGGAUUGGAUCAAUGCGAUUGGUCGAUCUAUUGUCCGUCAUUCCAGGUCGGUCACAGAUGAUGAGAUCUUGGACUAUGAUAGCAAGGGUGCUUCAUAAGAGCUCAUUUUCUUUGGUGUUCUCUCCUGAAUCGGUCGAGGUAUUGGAUGUAAGUCACUAUCAAGCAACGCUUUUGGUCUUUGAAGUGGAAAGCCUGUUAUUGUUCAGGCUUACCGUAGCCAAGUAUUAGGGACUGAUAGUUUACACCUAAAAAAAAUGUGUUCACCGCGUUUGAAAAAGGGUUCAAGGAUUCCUCUUUCCUGACUUUUCUAAUAAAUUCACUUGUAAUAGAUAGUAUGACUUUGAAAUUAUAUUGACAUUAGUAGAGUUGGAAGAACGGUGUGUAAUUCUCUUAAGGUCUAUCAUAGAAGUUCUUUAUGAUGUCGAGGCGAGAGAGGGAUGAGAGUACUUAAGCUUUGUGGUGUUUGUAUAUAUGGAUAGGGUUGUACUGCUGGUACUUUCCACAGUGCAUUUAGUGCCAAAAUUGGUUGGUAGGAAGUAAUGUUGGCUCUUAUCACAAAUAUUAAUGCAAAUUUCUGUAUUAUAGCUA